AUGACUGAAACAAGCCCUCCUCCAGAAGCACAACGCUUCGGUAGAUCUCAGACACCCGAAAGUCCGCGGCCUGUCCAUUUACCUGAGCCUUCAAACAUUCCUGUUCUGUUGAACCAAAUGGACCCUGUCUUUAAUGACACUGCGACCUAUAACAUCCCACAUAACCAGACCUUCUCUCCUUAUUCAGAUUCUGCUCGCGUUGUGCAUGAAUCCAACUCUGGAGCACGAGACGCUGUCCAGAAUUUCCUGCGAGGCGCAGAGGAAGAGAAUGCUCGUCUCGAAAGUGGUGCACAGUUCCCAAACACAAAUGGCCGAACUACGCGACAUGACGCGACCAUAGAGACCAAUCUUCUUUCGGCCCUUGCAAAGAACUCUGCGCAUCAAGCAUCUGAGUCACAUCCAACCCAUUCCCAAGACAUCUCCGAUCAAACCCAUACUGUCGCGCAUUCGGGCAAUGAAUCCUCGACGAUUGAAGCUAAUGCCAAUUCAAGCCAUCGAGAAACUCCAUUCCAGUCAGGUGCUGAAAGAAAUUUCGAGCCAGAAUCCAGCGUGAAGCCCAAUACUCAGUCAGUCACAGGUGGAGUAGAUUACCAGUCACUUCUCGACACCAUUUCUCAAUCUGCUUCCACUGCUCCUCCCGCAGACUCUGUUUCUGCCCCAGCCGCUGCUCCAUCGCUUGUCGACCAUGGAUCUGCCCUUCCACUGCAUCCAAUCCCAGGUCUACCCCCAAAACCGCCGGUGCAAGCGAAUCUUCCAGCGUCUCCCAGUUACCACGCGUUUCCUAGCUCCACAAGCGACUUGCGAGAACAAUACCAACCCAUGAGUCAUGAUGCUCUCCAGGCCAACGGCGCCGAGCCGUCUGCAUCUGGGUCGGUACGAUCCAUGGUCCAGAGUGUCCCCACCCAAGCCCCGGGUUCUUGGGAUCAGAAUGCUGCAAAAGCGUCCCCAACAACCCAUGAGGCCAGCUUUGUUGGUCAUCCCCUUCAAUCGGUGGAACUGUCGAGAGCAACCGAUCCCAGUGAGCGUCCGUGGAGCCCAAGGACUCAGAGCCUGUAUGACCAAUUCCUUGAAGAGGAACGGCGAUAUGUGACAGAAGGCAUAUGGGAUAGGUUCCCCGCGGGGUCUCGCUUGUUUGUUGGCAACCUUGCCUCAGAGAAGGUCACGAAACGCGACCUCUUUCACGUUUUCCACAAGUACGGCCGGCUGGCUCAGAUCUCUAUCAAACAGGCCUAUGGCUUUGUUCAAUACCUGGAGGCGUCGUCUUGUCAAGCAGCUCUCCAAGCGGAACAGGCGUCUGAGAUCCGAGGACGCAAGAUUCAUCUGGAAAUCUCAAAGCCCCAAAAGAACACGAGAAACGCGCAAGGAAACAAACGACGGCGCUCUCGCUCGCCAGACCGUGGAGCUGCGCGACAGAAUGAUCGACAUGGCCGCUCCAACUUCAACGGUUUCCGAGAGGAGAGAAACAGGCGCGAUGACUAUCGUCCUGCACGGUCACCCUCUCCCAGAAACUUCCGCCCACGGGACGAUUAUCGUGCAAAGGCACCAAGUCCGAGAUUCGGCAUUGACGGAAGACAGAGAUCUCCGUAUUCUAGCACCUUCCCGCCGCAGCCUCCAACAGCAUACGACGAGGAGGCUACUCUACCAUUGCCUCGCAGAGACCCACGAGAAGUGCCAGACGUACAGCUCCUCAUUCUUGAGCCUUCGGUCGCACAGAGCUUCAUCAACUGGAUAGAACAGGGAUUCCGGGCCAAAGGUCUGCGAGCUUCGACCAUUUGGCUCAGUCCUCGACUUCCUCUGGGAGCUGUCGUCAAAAGACAGAUCAUUGAGGGUGUCCAGGCCGUCGUGAAGCUGUCGCAGACUAAUCAAUACAACAGUAAAAUCCCUCUGCAGGUUUUCGACAGGAGCAUUGGAGCUUCAAAUGUCAACUUCAAUGAAUAUGUUGACCUUGACGUUCCAGUCGCAGCAGAUAUUGUGCUUCACGCACGACAAAAAGAACGAGGAGCAGUGCCGCCCACUCAAACUUUCCCACCGCCGCCUCCACCGCCGAGCUAUCCACACGGGCAAUAUGGCCAUCCACCAUCUCAAUUUCCGCCACAAGUGCCUCCGCCGUUCCCACAGCCACAGCAGAAUCCGCCUCAGGUUCAGUAUGCACAACAACCCCAUUACCCAGCUCUGUUGCAAACAGUGGUCACCCCGACCUCCGCGCCGAAUUUGCAGCAGCUGCUAGCGAAUCUUCGACAGCCAGGAGACUCGCCGAGUUCCACGCCCCAAAGUGAUAGACCUCCAGCAAACUUUGCGUCUCUUCUCGGCAAUGUAGCCCGCACACACGGGCAAGGAGGGCAAUUCUCUUCACAAGCUGUUUCCUCUUCACACCAUCCCGCACAACAGCAACAUUCGCCAACUUAUGGUAGCGUUCCAGCUUAUGGGGCAGGGCAGCAGCCACAGCAGCAAAAUGUACAGAAUAUCAUGGACACUCUCGCAAGAUACAACCGAUGA